AUGCCGGUAACUGAGAAGGACCUGGCGGAGGACGCGCCGUGGAAGAAGAUCCAGCAGAACACCUUCACGCGUUGGUGCAACGAGCACCUCAAGUGUGUGAACAAACGCAUCGGGAACCUGACUGAGCGUGACGCCGAUCGCCGGCUGCGGCUCAUCGCGCUGAUCGAGGUGCUCAGCCAGAAACGCAUGUACCGCAAGUACCACCAGCGGCCCACCUUCCGCCAGAUGCAGCUGGAGAACGUGUCCGUGGCCCUCGAGUUCCUGGACCGUGAGAGCAUCAAGCUCGUGUCCAUCGAUAGCAAAGCCAUUGUGGAUGGGAACCUGAAGCUCAUCCUGGGCCUGGUGUGGACACUGAUCCUCCACUACUCCAUCUCUAUGCCCGUGUGGGAGGACGAAGGGGAUGAUGAUGCCAAGAAGCAGACACCGAAGCAGAGGCUGCUGGGAUGGAUUCAGAACAAGAUCCCCUACUUGCCCAUCACCAACUUUAACCAGAACUGGCAAGAUGGCAAGGCUCUGGGAGCCUUGGUAGACAGCUGUGCCCCAGGUCUGUGUCCAGACUGGGAAUCCUGGGAUCCACGAAAGCCUGUGGACAAUGCACGGGAAGCUAUGCAGCAAGCAGAUGACUGGCUGGGUGUCCCACAGGUCAUCACUCCUGAAGAAAUUAUUCACCCCGAUGUGGAUGAGCACUCGGUGAUGACUUACCUGUCCCAGUUUCCCAAAGCCAAGCUCAAGCCGGGGGCUCCUCUGAAGCCCAAACUCAACCCGAAGAAAGCCAGGGCCUAUGGCCGAGGAAUCGAGCCUACUGGAAACAUGGUAAAGCAGCCAGCCAAGUUCACUGUGGACACCAUCAGUGCCGGGCAAGGAGACGUGAUGGUGUUUGUUGAGGACCCAGAAGGGAACAAAGAGGAGGCACAAGUGACUCCAGACAGUGACAAGAACAAGACAUACUCUGUGGAGUAUCUGCCCAAGGUCACCGGGCUGCACAAAGUUACAGUCCUCUUUGCAGGACAGCACAUCUCUAAGAGCCCAUUUGAAGUGAAUGUUGACAAGGCGCAGGGAGAUGCCAGUAAAGUCACUGCCAAAGGCCCAGGCUUGGAAACUGCUGGAAACAUCGCCAAUAAGCCCACCUACUUUGACAUCUACACAGCAGGUGCCGGUGUGGGUGACAUUGGUGUUGAAGUGGAGGAUCCCCAGGGGAAGAACACUGUGGAAUUACUGGUGGAAGACAAAGGAAACCAGGUGUAUAGAUGUGUGUACAAACCAGUACAGCCUGGCCCCCAUGUGGUCAAGGUCUCCUUUGCUGGGGACACGAUUCCCAAGAGUCCCUUCGUUGUACAGGUUGGGGAAGCCUGUAGUCCAAACGCCUGCCGGGCCAGUGGCCGAGGCCUGCAGCCCAAAGGCAUCCGCAUCCGGGAGACUGCAGACUUCAAGGUUGAUACCAAAGCUGCUGGAAGCGGAGAACUCGGUGUGACUGUGAAGGGUCCUAAGGGUCUGGAGGAGCUGGUGAAACAGAAAGGCUUUCUGGAUGGAGUCUAUGCAUUUGAGUAUUACCCCAGCACCCCGGGGAAAUACAGCAUUGCCAUCACGUGGGGGGGACACCACAUUCCAAAGAGCCCCUUUGAAGUUCAAGUUGGCCCUGAAGCAGGCAUGCAGAAAGUUCGUGCAUGGGGCCCGGGCCUCCACGGUGGGAUUGUCGGGCGGUCGGCAGACUUCGUGGUAGAGUCCGUUGGCUCUGAAGUGGGGUCUUUGGGGUUUGCCAUCGAAGGCCCCUCCCAGGCAAAGAUUGAGUAUGAUGACCAGAAUGAUGGCUCAUGUGACGUCAAGUACUGGCCCAAGGAGCCUGGCGAAUAUGCUGUUCACAUCAUGUGUGAUGAUGAGGACAUCAAGGACAGCCCGUACAUGGCCUUCAUCCAUCCAGCUGCAGGAGACUACAACCCAGAUCUGGUCCAAGCUUACGGACCAGGUUUGGAGAAAUCUGGCUGCAUUGUCAACAACCUGGCUGAGUUCACUGUGGAUCCUAAGGAUGCCGGAAAAGCUCCCUUAAAGAUAUUUGCUCAGGAUGGGGAAGGCCAGCCCAUUGACAUCCAGAUGAAGAGCCGAAUGGACGGCACGUAUGCCUGCUCGUACACCCCGGUUAAGGCCAUCAAGCACACCAUUGCCGUGGUCUGGGGAGGUGUGAACAUCCCUCACAGCCCCUACAGGGUCAAUAUCGGGCAGGGUAGUCAUCCCCAGAAGGUCAAGGUGUUUGGGCCAGGCGUGGAGCGAAGUGGACUGAAAGCAAAUGAGCCUACUCAUUUCACAGUGGACUGUACCGAGGCUGGGGAAGGUGAUGUCAGCGUUGGCAUUAAAUGUGAUGCCCGGGUGUUAAGUGAGGAUGAGGAAGACGUGGACUUUGACAUUAUUCACAACGCCAACGACACGUUUACGGUCAAAUAUGUGCCUCCUGCUGCCGGGCGAUACACUAUCAAAGUUCUCUUUGCAUCUCAGGAAAUCCCCGCCAGCCCUUUCAGAGUGAAAGUUGACCCUUCCCAUGAUGCCAGCAAAGUGAAGGCAGAAGGCCCAGGGCUCAGCAAAGCAGGUGUGGAAAAUGGGAAACCAACCCACUUCACUGUCUAUACCAAAGGGGCUGGAAAGGCCCCACUGAAUGUGCAGUUCAGCAGCCCCCUUCCUGGAGACGCCGUGAAGGAUUUGGACAUCAUCGACAAUUACGACUACUCUCACACCGUUAAAUACACACCCACCCAGCAGGGCAAUAUGCAGGUUCUGGUUACCUAUGGUGGUGACCCCAUCCCUAAAAGCCCUUUCGCCGUGGGCGUGGCUGCUCCACUGGAUCUGAGCAAGAUAAAAAUUAAUGGGCUGGAAAACAGAGUCGAAGUCGGGAAGGGCCAGGAGUUCGCCAUUGACACAAACGGGGCAGGAGGCCAAGGGAAGCUGGAUGUGACGAUCCUGAGCCCCUCGAGGAAGGUCGUGCCGUGUCUGGUGGCGCCCGUGGUGGGCCGGGAGAGCAGCACAGCCAAGUUCAUCCCUCGCGAGGAGGGGCUCUACGCUGUAGACGUCACCUACGAUGGACACCCCGUGCCUGGGAGCCCCUACACGGUGGAGGCCUCACUGCCACCAGAUCCCACCAAGGUGAAGGCCCAUGGUCCUGGCCUUGAAGGUGGUCUCGUGGGCAAGCCCGCGGAGUUCACCAUCGACACCAAAGGAGCGGGCACCGGAGGCUUGGGCCUCACCGUGGAAGGCCCAUGCGAGGCCAAAAUUGAAUGCUCUGACAAUGGCGAUGGCACGUGCUCUGUCUCCUACCUGCCCACAAAGCCCGGGGAGUACUUUGUCAACAUUCUCUUUGAAGAAGUCCAUAUACCUGGUUCUCCCUUCAAAGCCGACAUUGAAAUGCCUUUCGACCCCUCUAAAGUCGUGGCUUCGGGGCCAGGUCUCCAGCAUGGGAAAGUGGGCGAAGCUGGGCUGCUGAGUGUUGACUGUUCGGAAGCAGGGCCCGGGGCCCUGGGCCUGGAAGCCGUGUCAGACUCGGGAGCGAAAGCCGAAGUCUGUAUUGAAAACAACAAAGAUGGUACCUAUGCAGUGACCUAUGUGCCCCUGACUGCCGGCAUGUACACACUGACCAUGAAGUAUGGAGGCGAGCUCGUGCCCCACUUCCCUGCCAGGGUCAAGGUGGAGCCCGCUGUGGAUACCAGCAGGGUCAAAGUCUUUGGGCCAGGAAUAGAAGGAAAAGAUGUGUUUCGUGAGGCCACCACCGACUUCACGGUCGACUCACGGCCCCUGACACAGGUUGGGGGUGACCACAUCAAAGCCCAUGUUGCCAACCCCUCAGGGGCCUCUACCGAGUGCUUCGUCACAGACAAUGCCGAUGGGACCUACCAGGUGGAGUACACGCCCUUUGAGAAAGGUCUCCAUGUAGUGGAGGUGACCUACGAUGAUGUACCUGUCCCAAAUAGUCCCUUCAAAGUGGCUGUAACCGAAGGCUGCCAGCCAUCUCGGGUUCAAGCCCAAGGACCUGGGUUGAAAGAGGCCUUUACCAACAAACCCAAUGUCUUCACCGUGGUUACUAGAGGGGCAGGAAUUGGUGGGCUUGGCAUAACUGUCGAAGGCCCAUCAGAGUCGAAGAUCAACUGCAGAGACAACAAAGAUGGUAGCUGCAGUGCUGAGUACGUCCCCUUUGCUCCAGGGGACUAUGACGUUAACAUCACAUAUGGAGGAGCCCACAUCCCUGGCAGUCCCUUCAGAGUUCCAGUGAAAGAUGUCGUGGAUCCUAGCAAGGUCAAGAUUGCCGGCCCCGGACUGGGCUCCGGUGUCCGAGCUCGCAUCUUGCAGUCUUUCACAGUGGACAGCAGCAAAGCCGGCCUGGCCCCACUGGAAGUGAGGGUCCUGGGCCCACGAGUUGAUGAGGUGGAUUCCCAGUCAUGGCGCAGCCCCUUGAAAGCCAUUUCAGAGUUCUUUAAAGGUGACCCGAAGGGUGACUUUACGGAGACAGGCCUGGUGGAGCCGGUGAACAUAGUGGACAAUGGGGAUGGCACACACACAGUGACCUACACCCCAUCCCAGGAGGGGCCUUACAUGGUCUCGGUUAAAUACGCUGAUGAAGAGAUCCCUCGUAGUCCCUUUAAGGUCAAGGUCCUUCCCACAUAUGAUGCCAGCAAAGUGACUGCCAGUGGCCCUGGCCUCAGUUCCUAUGGUGUGCCUGCCAGUCUACCUGUGGAGUUUGCAAUCGAUGCCAGAGAUGCCGGGGAAGGCCUGCUUGCUGUUCAGAUAACGGACCAAGAGGGAAAGCCCAAAAGAGCCACUGUCCACGACAAUAAAGAUGGCACGUAUGCCGUCACCUACAUCCCUGACAAGACCGGACGCUAUAUGAUUGGGGUCACCUAUGGGGGGGAUGACAUCCCAUUGUCUCCCUACCGCAUCCGGGCCACACAGACAGGAGAUGCCAGCAAGUGUCUGGCCACAGGUCCUGGAAUCGCCUCCACUGUGAAAACCGGCGAGGAAGUAGGCUUUGUGGUUGAUGCCAAGACCGCUGGGAAGGGGAAAGUGACCUGCACGGUUCUGACCCCAGACGGCACCGAGGCUGAGGCCGAUGUCAUCGAGAACGAGGAUGGCACCUACGACAUCUUCUACACGGCUGCCAAGCCAGGCACCUAUGUGAUCUAUGUGCGCUUUGGCGGCGUUGAUAUUCCCAACAGCCCCUUCACUGUCAUGGCCACAGAUGGGGAAGUCGAGGCCGUGGAGGAGGCACCGGUAAAUGCAUGUUCCCCCGGAUUCAGGCCCUGGGUAACCGAAGAGGCCUAUGUCCCAGUGAGUGACAUGAACGGCCUGGGCUUUAAGCCUUUCGACUUGGUCAUUCCAUUUGCGGUCAGAAAAGGAGAAAUCACCGGAGAGGUCCACAUGCCUUCUGGGAAGACAGCCACGCCUGAGAUUGUGGACAACAAGGACGGCACAGUCACCGUCAGAUACGCCCCCACUGAAGUCGGGCUGCAUGAGAUGCACAUCAAAUACAUGGGCAGCCACAUCCCUGAGAGCCCGCUCCAGUUCUACGUGAACUACCCGAACAGUGGAAGUGUUUCUGCAUACGGUCCAGGCCUGGUGUAUGGAGUGGCCAACAAAACUGCCACCUUCACCAUCGUCACCGAGGAUGCAGGAGAAGGGGGCCUAGACUUGGCUAUCGAGGGACCUUCAAAGGCCGAAAUCAGCUGCAUUGACAACAAAGAUGGGACAUGCACAGUGACCUACCUGCCCACCCUGCCAGGUGACUAUAGCAUCCUGGUCAAGUACAAUGACAAGCACAUCCCUGGCAGCCCCUUCACGGCCAAGAUCACAGAUGACAGCAGACGGUGCUCCCAGGUAAAGCUGGGCUCUGCUGCCGACUUCCUGCUUGACAUCAGCGAGACCGACCUCAGCACCCUGACGGCCAGCAUUAAGGCCCCAUCUGGCCGUGACGAGCCCUGUCUCCUGAAGAGGCUGCCCAACAACCACAUCGGCAUCUCCUUCAUCCCCCGGGAGGUGGGUGAACACCUGGUCAGCAUCAAGAAGAACGGCAGCCACGUGGCCAACAGCCCCGUGUCCAUCAUGGUGGUCCAGUCUGAGAUCGGUGACGCACGCAGAGCCAAAGUCUAUGGCCGUGGCCUGUCAGAGGGCCGGACUUUCGAAAUGUCUGAAUUCAUCGUGGACACAAGGGAUGCGGGUUAUGGUGGCAUAUCCUUGGCUGUGGAAGGCCCCAGCAAAGUGGACAUCCAGACAGAGGACCUGGAAGAUGGCACCUGCAAGGUCUCCUACUUCCCCACUGUGCCUGGGGUUUACAUCGUCUCCACCAAGUUUGCUGAUGAGCACGUGCCUGGGAGCCCGUUUACCGUGAAGAUCAGCGGAGAGGGAAGAGUCAAGGAGAGCAUCACCCGUACCAGUCGGGCCCCGUCUGUCGCCACUGUCGGAAGCAUCUGUGACCUGAACCUGAAAAUCCCAGAAAUUGACAGCAGUGACAUGUCGGCCCAUGUCACCAGCCCCUCUGGCCGCGUGACCGAGGCAGAGAUUGUGUCCAUGGGGAAGAACUCGCACUGCGUCCGGUUUGUGCCCCAGGAGAUGGGUGUUCACACAGUCAGCGUCAAGUACCGCGGCCAGCAUGUGACCGGCAGCCCUUUCCAGUUCACGGUGGGGCCACUCGGCGAGGGGGGCGCCCACAAGGUCCGUGCAGGAGGCCCCGGCCUGGAGAGAGGAGAAGCAGGUGUCCCAGCUGAGUUCAGCAUCUGGACCCGGGAAGCAGGCGCUGGGGGCUUGUCCAUUGCCGUUGAGGGCCCCAGUAAGGCCGAGAUUACGUUCGAUGACCAUAAAAAUGGAUCGUGCGGUGUGUCUUACAUUGCCCAGGAGCCUGGUAACUACGAGGUAUCCAUCAAGUUCAACGAUGAGCACAUCCCCGAAAGUCCCUACCUGGUGCCAGUCAUCGCGCCGUCCGACGACGCCCGCCGCCUCACUGUUCUGAGCCUUCAGGAAUCGGGAUUAAAAGUUAACCAGCCAGCCUCCUUUGCUAUAAAGUUGAAUGGGGCGAAAGGCAAGAUUGAUGCAAAGGUGCACAGCCCGUCAGGAGCCGUGGAGGAGUGUCAUGUGUCUGAGCUCGAGCCAGAUAAGUAUGCCGUUCGCUUCAUCCCCCACGAGAAUGGCAUCCACACGAUCGAUGUCAAGUUCAACGGGAGCCACGUGGUUGGAAGCCCCUUCAAAGUGCGCGUCGGGGAGCCUGGACAGGCGGGGAACCCUGCCCUGGUGUCCGCCUAUGGCGCGGGGCUCGAGGGGGGCACCACAGGUAUCCAGUCUGAAUUUUUCAUCAACACCACCCGAGCAGGGCCAGGGACAUUAUCUGUCACCAUUGAAGGACCCUCCAAGGUUAAAAUGGAUUGCCAAGAAACCCCAGAAGGGUACAAAGUCAUGUACACCCCCAUGGCUCCUGGAAACUACCUGAUUGGUGUCAAAUAUGGCGGGCCCAACCACAUUGUGGGCAGUCCUUUCAAGGCCAAGGUGACAGGCCAGCGUCUGGUCAGCCCUGGCUCAGCCAACGAGACCUCAUCUAUUCUGGUGGAGUCGGUGACCAGGUCAUCCACAGAGACCUGCUAUAGCGCCAUCCCCAAGGCCUCCUCGGACGCCAGCAAGGUGACCUCCAAGGGGGCAGGGCUCUCAAAGGCCUUUGUGGGCCAGAAGAGCUCCUUCUUGGUGGACUGCAGCAAAGCCGGUUCCAACAUGCUGCUGAUUGGUGUCCAUGGACCAACCACCCCCUGCGAAGAGGUCUCCAUGAAGCAUGUGGGCAACCAACAAUACAAUGUCACAUACGUUGUCAAGGAGAAGGGGGAUUAUGUUCUGGCCGUGAAGUGGGGAGAGGAACACAUCCCCGGCAGCCCCUUCCACGUCACGGUGCCUUAA